AGUGCCUGACUGGUGCCUGGCUGGCGCGGGGCCGAGUGAUCGGUGUCGUCGGAGCAGGACUGAUCAAAUGUCAAAUCAUCCGUCCUUCAUUCUUCGGUUCGUCUCUUGCAACUGCCAUCAUCCUUCGUUCUGGAAUACCGUCCAGCACCCCACAACAGCCCUUCUGUAUAAUUCACAGAAAUAAACGCCACCAUGUCCUCGGCUGCUAUUCAUCCUCCUCUCGACUUCUCGCCCGUUCGCCCAGAUGGCCGGCGCGUAGCUUACUACUAUGACCACGACGUAGGCAACUACCAUUUUGGACUCGGCCAUCCAAUGAAGCCUCAUCGGAUUAGAAUGACACAUAACCUUGUAGUUAACUAUGGACUGGCCGACGACUAUGAAGCUAUGGAGGAAGAGGGCAGAAGAAAGGUGAAUGCUCGGAUGGGGAUGGAGAAUGAUGAAGCAAGAUGGGUGAAUGCCGAGAUGCGAGGGUCGAGAGCAAAACGGAUGCAGAUCUUUAGACCUCGUCGAGCAACCAAAACAGAUAUGACGAGAUUCCAUACCGAUGAGUACAUCGAGCUGCUUGAGAGCGUACUACCGGAAAAUGCGGAUGCUCUCACUGGAAAUAGGUCAAGAGGCUUAACUGGGUCCGAUUGUCCGGCAGUCGAAGGUAUUUUCGAAUUCAGCUCUAUUUCUGCAGGUGGAUCCAUUGGUGCUGCUGAGAAGCUCAAUGAAGGUAUAGCCGAUAUCGCAAUCAAUUGGGCUGGUGGCCUACACCACGCCAAAAAAACUGAAGCUAGUGGGUUUUGUUACGUCAACGAUAUUGUCCUAGGAAUCCUCGAACUUUUGCGAGUUAACUCGCGGGUGCUCUACAUCGAUAUCGAUGUACAUCACGGCGACGGAGUUGAAGAAGCGUUUUACUCUACAGACAGAGUUAUGACUUGUUCUUUUCAUCUCUUUGGUAACUUCUUCCCAGGAACUGGGACUCUCAAGGAUGUUGGCCUGGGUAAAGGUAAAGGCUACGCCGUCAAUGUUCCACUGAGAGAAGGUAUCACAGACGAAGGGUUUCACAGCAUCUUUAAACCUGUUAUUGCCGAAAUCAUGGAGCAUUACCGCCCAUGUGUGGUUGUAUUGCAAGGCGGAGCGGACAGUAUGUCAGGAGACAAGUUAGGGAGGUUGAACCUGUCGGACAAAGGGCAUGCUGAGUGUGCCAAGUUUUUGAGGACUUUCAGUGUACCAUUGAUGUUACUUGGUGGCGGGGGGUAUACGACGAAAAAUGUGGCAAGGGCGUGGACUAGAGAAACGGCUAUCGCAUGUGGACAAGAGCUAUCGGAAGAUUUACCAAGCAAUCAAUAUAUGGAAUAUUACGGGCCUCGAUACAAACUAGAAGUAUUACCUUCCAACGUUGAAGAUUUCAAUACACCAGAAUAUCUCGAGGAUCUUAAGCGCCAGAUUUCCAACCACUUGAAAAAUCUCCCUUUCGCUCCUAGCGCUCAGAUGCGACAAAUUACUGGUAGCAAUGUGAGUCAAGCAGUAGGGCUUAGCAAUGAAUGGGAGACAGACGAUCCGGAGGAUCAAAUUGAUCAGAGACUCAAAAAACUGUUCGCAAGUAAGAAUCUGAACGGUACCUAUACUCAAGAGAGUGACGCUUUGUUGAGUGACUUAACAAGCAUUUCAAGAAUUAGACGCCAAGGUGGUCCCAAAAAACUGCCUAGGUCUUCAGGAACAUGUGGCAGAGCAAGGAAACGAUAUCUUGAAGAUAUUGCGAUGGGAGAAGAUCCUUGUUGUCUUCUGCCUGCCAUGACCAGCAAAAAAAAUGAGAGAAAAACGAUUGCGAAGAGCGGAAGUUCAGCGCCUCCAACAUCAGCGCCAGAAUGGCACGCACAUUUAACCGUGCAUGAAAUGAAAAGCAGACCUAGUCUAGGUGAGAUCCUUCAGCAACCGUCGCCAGGCAGUGAGGACGAAUGUGAUCGGAAUCGUUGUAUCACUGAGGGGUCGCAGCUACAUAUGAUAGCGCAGGGAAGGGGAAAAAGGAGUUUCUUUUCGCGCAAAGGUCUGCCACCCUCAAUUAUAUCUCCUCAGGCGAUAAUAGGAGGAUCAACGGUAAAAGUCGACAGGCUGAUCAGAGCGAGGAUGGCGGCGGCGACCAAUAAUUCUCCGGUAGUGGUGGAAUGGGAUCGACAACAGGAGUAAUGGACAAUUAUGGUUUAAUUAUGAGUGUUCCGUUAGAAAGGGUUGCACGUGUACAUCAUUGUCAACACUUGUAGUAAGUAAUAUGUAGUAGGGCAUGAGGUACGUUGUGGGUAGGGAGCAUAACUCGUUUGAAGUGGGCAAGCUAUGAUAGUUGUACUUGGGCGGCUCAGGCCGAGGGAGAGAGCGGAGUCUAUUAUUAAUUAUCCAAGAUUCGAGUGUCUCGGCGGCGAGGCGACCUCAAGUUUUCAAAGCCGAUCCGCAUUCUACGUAGCUACUGGCACAGC